CCUCUGCCCCGCCCGUGCCCCGUCGCGGGGGCGCCGCGGGCAUGGGCGAGCCGCUGGGCUGCUGCGAGCGCGUGGCCAUCAACGUGGCCGGCCGGCGCUUCGAGACCUUGGUGCGGACGCUGCGGCGCUUCCCCGACACCCUCCUGGGCGACCCCCGGCGCCGGCGCCGCUUCUUCGACCCCCAGCGCCGCGAGUACUUCUUCGACCGCCACCGCGGCGCCUUCGGGGCCGUGCUCUACUACUACCAGUCCGGGGGGCGGCUGCGGAGACCCCCGGACGUGCCCCUGGACGUGUUCCUGGAGGAGCUGAGGUUCUACCAGCUGGGCGACGAGGCGGAGGAGCGGCUGCGCGAGGCCGAAGGCUUCUCGGUGGAGGAGCCGCCGGCGUUGCCGCGUGGAGGGUUGAGGCGGCGGGCGUGGCUGCUGUGCGAGCACCCCGAGAGCUCGCCGGCCGCGCGGGUGGUGGCCCUGCUGUCCGUGCUGGUCAUCCUGGUGUCCAUCGUGGUCUUCUGCCUCGAGACGCUGCCGCAGUUCCGCUCCGGCGCCGAGGGAGAGGUCAGUGGGGCGAGCGACCUCUCUCCUCUCUCCCCACAGCCCCCCUCGCCCACCCCCACCAACACCACCACCCCCACGCCCCCUCCCCACCGCUCCGGCCUGACCGACCCCUUCUUCCUGGUGGAGACCGUCUGCAUCUGCUGGUUCUCGCUGGAGCUGCUGGUGCGGCUGGUGGCCAGCCCCAGCAAGGCGGCCUUCUUCCGCAGCGCCAUGAACCUCAUCGACCUGGCGGCCAUCGCGCCGUACUUCAUCGCGCUGGGCACCGAGCUGGCGCGGCAGCGCGGCAUCGGCCAGCCCGCCAUGUCGCUGGCCGUGCUGCGCGUCAUCCGCCUGGUGCGCGUCUUCCGCGUCUUCAAACUGUCCCGCCACUCCACCGGCCUGCAGAUCCUGGGCCAGACCCUCAAGGCCAGCAUGAGGGAGCUGGGCCUGCUCAUCUUCUUCCUCCUCAUCGGCGUCGUGCUCUUCUCCAGCGCCGUCUACUUCGCCGAGGCCGAAGACGCGGCCACGGCCUUCACCUCCAUCCCGCAGGCGUUCUGGUGGGCGGUGGUCACCAUGACCACGGUGGGUUACGGGGACAUGGCGCCGGUGACGGUGGGCGGCAAGCUGGUGGGCUCGCUGUGCGCCAUCGCGGGCGUGUUGACCAUCUCGCUGCCCGUGCCCGUCAUCGUCUCCAACUUCUCCUACUUCUACCGGCGCGAGCUGCGCGGCGAGGAGAGCGGCGCCGUGGUGCCCGCCGCGCCCUGCCCGCACCACCCCGAGCCCGCCGGCGACGCCGAGGACAAGGCGGGCGCCGGGCAGGGGCCGGGCUGGGGCGUGGACGGCGAGGCCGGCGGCCAGAAGGGCUGGGCCGGGGGCAGGCUGGUGACCGAGGUGUGA